AUGCCAGGAGCAACCGCUUUUCUCUCGGUGGCUGCUCUAGCAGCUCUCUCAGCCUACAUUUUCCCUCCCAUCGCCCACGAAUUGAAGGUCGUGGGGCUCGGAAGAUCUGUUCCCGUGUCUGCGAUCCAAAAUGUUGGGGACUUUGUCAGGAUAGACGAUACCACGCAUUGUGAAGACUUGCAUUAUCAUGCGCCUGCAAACUUGCUGUUUACGGCUUGUGAGGAUAGACAUACGCGGUUUGGGUGGUUUCCGCCCUUGGGGAGCUUUGAGCCGCCGGAGGAUGGGACGCAGGGGAGUAUUCAUGUUGUUGAUCCUGUGGUGUGUAUUUCCCUGCUUCUGUUGGCUAAAGCAAAACUGAUGAAUUCGCAAAUANNGACUAUGAAAAGCAUACGUCUAUCUUUCGUAAACUUCGACAAGACCUUUGUUACGCAUGGCAUCGAUGUCAUUGCCGACCCUCUAGACAAAAAAGCAGUCUACAUCUUUGCAGUCAACCAUUUCCCCAACCCAGAGUUUGUUGCUUCGCGCCGCGAACACAUUACCAAGGCACACUCUCGUAUCGAGCUCUUCAGACAUGUGAUUGGGAGCAGCACACUCAAGCACAUUCGCACUAUCUCGCAUAAGCUGAUCGAGACACCCAAUGACAUUUACGCCGUCAGCCCGAACGAGUUUUACGUUACCAACGAUCAUAGGCAUAGAGAAGGCUUGAUGAGAGAACUGGAAGUGGUGGCUCCCUUCGGGUGGUCAAGUACCGUACACGUCUCCAUCACCGACCCCUCCGCCUCUUCCUCCACCGCAGGCCUAAAAGUCACCACAGCACUCACCGGGCUAAAAAGCAACAAUGGAAUGGGCCAUGUCCACGACUUCAACGAAAUCACCAUCAUCAGUGCAGAAAGAGGAAUCCUCUAUCGCUGCUUUGCAGACCCCCAAAACAAAACUCUGAGUAUUGAGGAAACGGUGCGUUUGAAUAGUACUUUGGAUAACCCUUCUUGGUAUCAUGAUGCUUGGGCUUCUGCUGCUGAUGAUAAGAGUGGUUAUGUGCUUGCUGGUCUGGCGCGAGGGAUUGAUCUAGCGGGUCAUGCUAGGGAUCCUGCGGCAAAGGAUCCGCCGUAUGUGUGGUUGGUCCAGCGUCAAGCCUCCACCGAUGUUCAAAUCUCGAAGGACGGCAAGGUGGAAGGUGGCUGGAACAAAAGAUUGGUCUUUGCAGAUGAUGGAGCAACAGUCAGAACAGCAAGCGCAGGCGUAAUCGUAGGAAUCGACCCGAAGAAAGAAGGAGGAAAGAAAAAGGGUUGGUUGUUUGUCACUGGCUUCAUGUCUGAAAACAUGGUUGCUACGAAGAUUGACCUUUGA